AUGGCAACCGUUCACAACAUCCUUGCUAUUACUGCUUCUAAGCACUGGAAAAUACAUCAAAUGGAUGUCAACAAUGCUUUUCUUCAUGGUGAUCUUUUUGAAGAGGUUUAUAUGAAAAUGCCUCUUGGUAUUCCUAAUCCCGAAAACAAGGUUUGUCGACUUCGAAGUCUCUUUAUGGUCUCAAACAAGCGAGUCGACAAUGUUUAUGUAGAUGACAUCUUGGUUACUGGUUCAGAUCCAAAUUUCGUUUCUCAACUCAAGAAUUUUCUACAUCAAGAGUUCACUAUUAAAGGCUUAGGUUUUCUUAAUUACUUUCUAGGGUUGGAGGUUCAUUAUUCUACCAAUGGCAUCGUUCUCGCUCAACACAAGUUUACUCAAGAAUUACUUGCUGAUGCUGGUUUCCUUGAUGCAAAACCAGUGGUUACUCCACUCCCACAAAACAUGAAGUUUUCCGAUCCAUGCAGCCCUUACCUUAAGGAUCAGUCCACUUACCGUUCUUUGAUCGAAAAAAAAAAUUUCUUGACACACACUCAUCCUGAUUUGGCCUUUGCGGUUCAGACUUUGAGUGAAUUUCUACAGAAUCCGCAACAAAUUCAUUUAGAUGGAGUUCAUCAUUUGCUACGGUAUCUAAAGGGGAUUAGCGGACAGGGUAUUUUGCUCAAUGGUACUGAUCAACUCAGUCUACAUGCUUAUUCUGAUUCAGAUUGGGCCGCUUGUCCCGUUACUCGUCGGUCAGUCACUGGGUAUGUCAUUCUAAUCGGCGGAUCUCCAAUUAGUUGGAAAUCUAAAAAGCAGUCUACAAUUUCAGGUUCGUCCUCUGAAGCUGAGUAUCGUGCCAUGGCUGCGGCAGCAGCUGAAAUUACUUGGCUGAUUCGCCUGCUCGAAGAGUUUGGUGUUACUGGUUUAAAACCUGUCACCCUUCAUUGUGAUAAUCAGUCGGCGUUACAUGUUGCUAAGAAUCCUGUAUUCCAUGAACGAACAAAGCAUAUUGAAAUUGAUUGUUAUUUCACACGUGAUUAA